UCACUGCACGACAAGAUGGCGGCGGCGGCGGCGAGCGGAGCUGGCGGGGCUGCCGGGGCCGGAGCGGGGGGAGCCGGGCCGGCGGGCCGCCUGCUGCCUCCGCCCGCCCCGGGGCCCCCGGCCGCCCCCGCUGCCGUGCCCCCGGCGGCUGGCCCGCCGCGUCCCCCGGCCCCGGCCUCCCGCGGGCCGGUGCCUGCCCGCAUCGGCUACUACGAGAUCGACCGCACCAUCGGCAAGGGCAACUUCGCUGUGGUCAAGCGGGCCACGCACCUCGUCACCAAGGCCAAGGUUGCUAUCAAGAUCAUAGACAAGACCCAGCUGGAUGAAGAAAACUUGAAGAAGAUUUUCCGGGAAGUUCAAAUUAUGAAAAUGCUUUGCCAUCCCCACAUCAUCAGGCUCUACCAGGUUAUGGAGACAGAACGGAUGAUUUAUCUGGUGACAGAAUAUGCUAGUGGAGGGGAAAUAUUUGACCACCUGGUGGCCCAUGGCAGAAUGGCCGAGAAGGAGGCCCGUCGGAAGUUCAAACAGAUUGUGGCAGCCGUCUAUUUUUGUCACUGUCGGAACAUUGUUCAUCGUGAUCUAAAAGCUGAAAAUUUGCUUCUGGAUGCCAAUCUGAAUAUUAAAAUAGCAGAUUUUGGCUUCAGUAACCUGUUCACUCCUGGGCAGCUGCUGAAGACCUGGUGCGGCAGCCCUCCCUACGCUGCACCUGAGCUCUUUGAGGGAAAGGAGUACGACGGGCCCAAAGUGGACAUCUGGAGCCUUGGAGUCGUCCUCUAUGUGCUCGUGUGUGGGGCCCUGCCAUUUGAUGGGAGCACACUGCAGAAUCUGCGGGCCCGGGUGCUGAGUGGAAAGUUCCGCAUCCCGUUUUUUAUGUCCACAGAGUGUGAGCACCUGAUCCGCCACAUGCUGGUGUUAGACCCGAACAAGCGCCUCUCAAUGGAGCAGAUCUGCAAGCACAAGUGGAUGAAGCUGGGGGACGCGGAUCCCAACUUUGACCGGUUAAUAGCUGAAUGCCAGCAGCUGAAGGAAGAAAGACAGAUAGACCCCCUGAAUGAGGACGUCCUCUUGGCCAUGGAGGACAUGGGACUGGACAAAGAGCGGACGCUACAGUCGUUAAGAUCAGAUGCCUAUGAUCACUAUAGUGCAAUCUACAGCCUGCUGUGUGAUCGACAUAAGAGACACAAAACCCUGCGUGUUGGAGCACCUCCUAGCGUGCCCCGAACCAUGGCCUUUCAAGCACCAGUCAAUGUCCAGGCGGAGCAGGCUGGUACCACUAUGAACAUCAGCGUUCCCCAGGUGCAGCUGAUCAACCCAGAGAACCAGAUUGUGGAGCCGGACGGGACAGUGAACUUGGACAGUGAUGAGGGUGAGGAGCCCUCCCCUGAAGCACUGGUCCGCUAUUUGUCCAUGCGGAGGCACACAGUGGGCGUGGCUGACCCACGCACGGAAGUUCUGGAAGAUCUGCAGAAGCUCCUGCCUGGCUUUCCUGGAGUCAACCCGCAGGCUCCAUUCCUGCAGGUGGCCCCUAACAUGAACUUCAUGCACAACCUGUUGCCCAUGCAAAAUUUGCAACCGACUGGGCAGCUUGAGUACAAGGAGCAGUCCCUCUUACAGCCGCCCACCCUACAGCUGCUGAAUGGAAUGGGCCCCCUCGGCCGGAGGGCAUCCGAUGGAGGAGCCAACAUCCAGCUACAUGCCCAGCAGCUGCUGAAGCGCCCACGGGGACCCUCCCCACUUGUCACCAUGACACCAGCAGUGCCGGCAGUUACCCCUGUGGACGAGGAGAGCUCGGAUGGGGAGCCAGAUCAGGAAGCUGUGCAGAGGUACUUGGCAAAUAGGUCCAAAAGACAUACACUGGCCAUGACCAACCCUUCAGCUGAGAUCCCACCGGACCUACAACGGCAGCUAGGACAGCAACCUUUCCGUUCCCGGGUCUGGCCCCCUCACCUGGUACCUGAUCAGCAUCGGUGUUGACUCAUAGAUGAAAUUGAACUUGAAACCUGCGAGGAAGUGAGGUUCUCAGAGGACAGCUGGACGUGGGAGGAUCUGUAGCCUUAUCGGUAGACUUGACCGUUCAUAACCCAUCACCUUCAAAAGAAUGAGCAUAUCUUACCAUGUUACCACUGAACGGUGAGCUUGGACAUGGAGGAAGGUACAUCCCUUUGUGAAUGGUAGAGCAGAGGUACUGCAUUCUCUUGAGUGUUGUGCUCAAGAAGUCAUUCUUGCAUAUUCUGAUGGCUGAAAUCUUUUACUAGGUCUCUCUUACAUUUGUAAUUCAUCCUCUUGAAGAAAUAACAAGCUUAACCUUCUUCCUGGCCAAGAAGACUUCUUAAAACUGAAUAUCCAAGUAAGCCUGGAAGCACAGGGCUGUGACACUUGGCUAGAUUAAGAAGGUGAUUACCUUCUGUGAAUACUUUGAUGACUAAAACCCUUGGCUCUGUCCCCUCUAAAGCUGUCCCUAAGCUCGUGGGCCACACUUUCCAGGCCACCCCCAACUGCUGAGCUUAUUUUAUUUCAGUCUUGCUGGGAGGACAAUGAAAGCAGUUUUACUUGAGAAAGUUGAAAAGCAGUCAGGUUCUAAGGAAAUGAAAUUUAUAAAUGUAUUGUUACGAAAUCUCAUAACCAGCUCACACUGGCAAGCUUGACACAAUGUUUUUAUUGUGGUGAGUUACCCAUCGGGUGUCCUAUAAUCAGCAGAGACCGUGGACUCUGCGCAGACGGAGUCUGAAUUAGCGCCCUGUUGGCACUCUUGGAAGAAGGGAGAUAAGCUAUUAGAGACGACUGUGAAUAACAGUCAGAAUGGUCUGGUCGGAGUAGCAGGAAUGACGGCUCUCCAACAAAAACUCCGGCACAGAAGGACAGUAUUUUCCUAAGGAAAAUCUCUCCAGACCUACACUGUGAGGGCACUGCAAGAGAAGGGACUUGGGGUGAUGGUUGGAGAGGUGCCCUCCCACAACCCCCCCCCCCCAAAUCCCCCCCCCCCGGCUUAAAUUUUCCAUGAUUUCUCAACAACGCUGAGCUCACCACUGUUAGCCAAUAGAACCUUUAUUUCUUUUUUCUCCCUGUCUCUGUCUUCCCUGCCUCCACAGCCUGACAGUUGUUGAGACUUUGUCAGGGUCUGUUGUCCAGCCGAAGUUCCCUCGGGUAUGCUUGUUUCAUCGUCCGUGUUCCUCAGGAGACCCUCCUGUCGGGGGAAACGUGGAGAUUGGCGCCUCUCCACAGCCUCUCUCACGGGUCUUCUACCCUGUGUCCGUGUGUCUAGUGAGGAAGGCUACGUCGGCCACAGCUCCCUGUGUGUGUGGUUGCCGCCCUGCCUACAGUCACCGUCCAGGCCUUGCCUGCUGGAAAUGUGUCCACCGUCUGUGUUCGUGUGAACACUCGUGGUGGAGUGUUUCAAGGGUUUCCUGUGGCCAAGCCAGUUUGAACUGGAAUGAAUACUUGAUGAGUGGCAGACUGUGCAAGGUGGGGCAUUUAUGCAAACUCAGCCAUUCUUGGUGGGAUUCCUGUAAAAACACGGCAGCACGAGAGACUGAAGGUAGUCUGCAGAGGACAAGAGCGCCUUUGCAGGGCCAGAAAACACUGGAAAUGGGUGGCCUAGACAGAUUAUUGAGUUCCUCUCAUUUUGCAGAGGAAAUGAUUCAAGAAUAGCAUAUAUACAUCUAUUCUUCUGGGGUGUAAUUCAUGAAAUCCAACACGGAGACGGAAGAGGGCUCUGAUCAACCGUUUCGAUCCUGGAAAUGUGUAAUUUUAAAAGCUAAAAAAAAAAAAAAAAAAGCGUGAUUUUAAAAAGCGAACACAGGAUGGAUUUUAUCUAGGUGGGGAACCAAGUUCCUAUUUGAAAAGUGUAGUGGGAACAUCAGCCUGAUAUGGGGCUGUCCUGAGUUCGAACAUGAUUGCAAAUAAGAAUAAAACACAAUGGAUCCUGUGAGUGCUUCUGAAAUGAGCAACUCCAUCAGAACUCUUCCUCUGAAGUUCCUGUGCCCGACUGACCAGGGUCAGUCUCUGCACAACCCGAGCUUCUGGAAAAGUCACGAAAUACCCGGGCCUGGGAGAGCGGCUCUGAGGGGGGAGGGUGGGUUUUGUGCAGACAGGCUGAAUGAACCCCUUGCAGAACACAGCUUUCUGAGUGAAUCAGAAAUGGGUCCAUUAUCAGAAAAUAUCGAAAGCGUAAGGGUCGAAUGUUAGGAGAAAAUAGUAUCUGCUGUCUUUGCCUCCAGACCCCUGAAGUAGAAACAUAGGAAGUACGGAGGAAGUGCUCCCGAGGGCGGCUUUCGUGAUCCCCAUUUCUGGAGAGUGUCUGCCAAAACCAUGCGUCUUCUGUGUUACGCAUGUGUGUUUGUGCUCAUUUCAUCAGCGCACCACUGUGUCGAGCUUCCGGUAGAGCCUGAAACCAAAGUCAUCAUUAGCAAAGUGAGGGUAAAUGGCUUGCCCCCACGGCCACAACCCUGGACCACUCCGCACAGUCAUCAGCACCCCCCCGCCCCCCCAACCCCCCUGCCUCCCCCAACCCUCCCCGUCUGCAUUGUAUUUGAACUCGCUUGUCCACCUGCUUCCUUAGCCUUGCUCUGCUUCAGUCCAGAGUGAGUAGCUGGCAAGGGGGUACAUCAUUUCACCCAUAGUUCAGUGUGAUACCAUCUGCCCUGGACAUGAAACCCUGGCCCUUCCCAUCAGCUGCUGGAAUGCUGCCUUGGCAGUCAUUUAUCUGCUUACCUCAACCCAUAAGCAUCUCUUUCUGAUUAGGUAACGGGUCGAGGUGUUAGCGUCUAACUCUCAUGCUGUCUUCGGCAUUCCUUAUCGACAGCUUUUUCUUUCUUUCUGUAAGAUCCCGGCUCUGUUCUGACUGAGCAGUGGGAUUUUUGUCCGCACGAUUCCUCUUUCGCCAGGAGGUUGGAGGGAGGCGUGCUGCUCUGGGAAGUUAAUUUUCACAGUGGCCAACUGUAUUUGCGUUGACCAGGUACACACGCAGGAUCUUGAGGCCCGCAUUCCUUGAGAGUGUGCCGUCUCCAUCUGGGGCUCAAAAGUCCCCCCAUCCUCCCGCUUGAACCUCCACCCUCCACUUUCUAGCCCAGAACCUUUGACGUCCGAGCCAGGCCUUUGCCACAAAGCUGACCAUAGUUUCCUUCUGGUCAUUCGGAGAGUGCUGCUCAGGGAAAACUGGGUCAACCAGUGGAUUUGAGGUUUCGAGAGGCACUAGACAGACGUGAUUAUAAAAGCCAGAUCUCCUAUGCAGCUUGGCCUGAGGGCCACUGAGAAGCUCCUGUCUCUGACCUAG